UGUUCUCGUUGUAUCAUACUAGCUUUGAACCAUCUGAUCGAUCGACGAUCAUCAAAUCAAAUCCAAAUGUCUCGUUUCAGCUUUCUAGGGUUUCAGUAUGGCUCUUUCACUCUGAGAAAAUCUGAUAAUAAACCAACACCCCGAUUGCGUACUAAUGUCUCCAACGAGAGGCAGAGGUCUAGCGUGUCAACCAAAUCUUCAUCCCAGCCAAAAAUGGAAGAGAUGAGAUGGGUGUUUGAUAAAUUUGACACCAACAAAGAUGGGAAGAUAAGCCGGGAGGAGUACAAGUCGGCGUUGAAGACCCUCGACAAAGAAAUGACAGAAGCUGAGAUUGCCAAGACAUUCAAGGCCCUUGAUUCUGACGGAGACGGGUCCAUAGACUGGAAGGAGUUUGUGGAGAUGUUCAACAUGGGAGCUGACGAUGCAAAAAAAGCCGACAUCGAAGGAGCUUUUCGGAUGUUUGAUUUGGAUGGAAAUGGGAAGAUAAGCGCAGAGGAGUUGUCUCUUGUUCUCAAGAAGCUGGGAGAGAAUUGCAGCCUUGGGGCUUGUAAGAAAAUGGUGAAAGGAGUGGAUAUGGAUGGUGAUGGUUUGAUAGAUAUAAAUGAAUUUACCAAAAUGAUGGGAGGCUUCAAGAACCCGAGUACUUGAAAAGAGAUACAUUCUUGAUCAUUCGGUACUCGAUCAACUAUCCCUGGAGGGCUCAAGUUUUUUUGUUCUAUGUAUACGUACUCUUGCUUCUGAUACUCACAAGCACAAGGGAAAUAAUUGCUUCUGAUAAUGUGACCAUUCUUGAUCCCGUGAACAAAUUGGAGCUUUGUGAUCGAUAUCUCUAGGUCGGAUAGUACUUACUACUUAGCAUCCACUUGAUUUACUUUGUCUAAAUAUAAUAAGUUGAUCAUCAACAUAUAUAUUGCA